UCUGCUUGCCCAAGAGCAACUAACCGGGGGAGUACCAGGCAAAACCCUCUAGUGCAGACAUCUCCAAAAACAAAAGGCAAGGCAGUGAAACCAGGAAAAUGGAGGACGUAAUAACAGAAGCAUCCCCUCCUUCAAGAUUCUUAGAGGAAGAUCUCAACACCUUCACACCCCCAUCUCCACCCGUUACCCCUUUUCCCUCCCUCCACUUCCCCCAACAACAACCCCUAACCCCCAAACUCCUCAUCAUAGCGCUCUCUCCCAUUUCCCUCUCUCUCUUCCACCCCCACCUCCUCCCUCCCUCCGUUCCCCUCCUCGCAUCCCUUACACUUCCCAACACCAACCCCAUCACUCUCUCUCCUCUCACUCCCAAUUCCUUCCUUCUCUCUGUUCCCUCUUCAAUCCCCUCACACCACUCCCACGCCAUCGCUAAAACCCUAAUUGGCCACCAAAUCCGCCCCGAUUCAGUCCUCGUCUUUGAUUCCCUUUCUCCGUCAAAUUAUCGCGGCCGUCUGCCGUCUGAUGAGGCGGUCGCCUUCAAGCUUGACACCUCCGCCGAGCGGAAGGCCGCCGAAGGGGAGAAGAUUCUAGAAGGACUUGAAUACUACCCUUCUGGAAGCGUUGUGGAUGGGCUUGCCGCUGCGUUCUUGGCCAGGUGCCAGCUGUUGAACCUCAGGGCGAGUUUGUGUGUUUCCUGGCCUGAGUUUGAUCGUAGCGUCAUGGCGUUGAUUGAGCGCUUGCUUCGGAACGGAGUGCUGCGUGGUUGCGAUGGUUUGAGGUUUGGUAGUCAGGUCUUGAGGUUCGGGAGAAAAAAGGGGCGUGGGUUUGAGUCUGAGUUAUAUUCUUGACUGUGACUGAAUUUCUUUAUAAUUUUCUUAAGGCAUGGAUUGCAGAACUUAAAUUGUUGAAUUUUCGGUUUGGUUGGAAAAGCAGAUUUAUUGAUUUGCGAAUAUAAGUUAGCUUUGGGGCAUAGUUGUGUUGAAACAUUAGUAGUAGUUGCCUUCUUAGUCUAGUAAGUUUUGUGGUUUUGGUAUGAUUACAGGAACAGCAGUUAACAAUGGAAUUGUUAUAUUGCUGUUAAAUUUUCAAUCUAGGAUUUUGUUCAACACUCAAUUUUAGUUGGAUAAUUUUAUUUUACACCUCUCAGCCUGUUUUGAA